CAGCCGCCGAACACAGCCUCACUUCACCUGAGGCCUACGACCUUGCAGGCGAAUUUUAUUUCUCUGCGCUUCCAGAUUCCCGAUGCUUUGACUGGCCUUUACCUUCUCGACCCACGAAACCAAACCAGACGCAGUCCCAUCCAACCCAUCUCUCGUCCCACGGCCUGCUUUGUCUGCUUUUUUGCAUUUGUCCACACAUUUUUCUUUUGCUCAAGCGCUUGCAUAGAGAGUCCAGUACCACCUCGCGUAUAAAAAUAAUGGCCCGCGGCAACCAACGCGAGAAGGCGCGUGAGAAGAACCUCAAGGCGCAAGCAUCCCAGAAAUCCAAGAACGCGAAGACUGGCGCCGAGAUGCAGCGCGACAAGGACAACGUAGCCGAGAUGAUGCGGAAGAAGCAAGCCGCUGCCGAUGCGAAGAAGGCUGCUGAAGCAGCCGCGGCCGCGAAGAAAUAGAGCGCCCCUCCCUCGUUGCAAAAUGUCUUGAUGGGGCCCACUGUUGGACAGCAAGAACACGAUAUCACGAUAUGGAUGAACCAAUGGGCGAGACUGGCGUCGGCGUGUAGGCAGAGCUUCCUGCCGUAGGAUCACUUAAUGAAGCCCAAUACCCAUAGAAUCUAGCGACCUACAUUAUGAGCAGUCCUCAUUGGGACAUCGUCAUUCCGUGGUGUGAUCAUGUUGGGAGGAGAGUGCUAUACGGUUAUAAGAUUGGGAACGAUCUGCCAUGCCUGUGUCUUGAUCUGAACAUGACAUAUCUCCCCCAACAGGUAUUUCUGGAUAACCUGCCAUUCAGGUCCUCGAUCAUCCCCAACUUCCGUGAAAUUUAGUAUGUCGAUGAACCUUCUGAUGAUCCAGCUGCUCAAAGUUGAAACCAAGGGCACAUAUAUUGCUUUUUUUUUCAAAAUAGUAACAAACUGAACAUAAAUGAGGAAGAUAAAGCCCCUU